AUUCAGUCUAAAGAUGGCUUGUAUUGGCUGAUAUGUGGAGAACUCUGCCAUCCUGGAUGACAUGUGCAUCUGAUCAUUGCAUUGUAUCAUAGCUACCCCAGGCCAUCAUUAAAAAAUUGUUUCAGAAUUGUGAUGUCUAAGACUGUGCUGGUUAUUGGUGGUGGAAGCAGAGAACAUGCUCUGGCAUGGAAGCUGUCCCAGUCUACACUUGUGGCCAGUGUGUUUGUCUCACCAGGCAAUGCUGGUACAGACACAACAGGCAAAAUCCAGAAUGUUUCACUGAACGUGAAGAAUUUUUCUGAGGUAACAAAAUGGUGCAAGGAGCAAAGCGUGUCACUCGUGGUUGUCGGCCCUGAAGAGCCUCUGGCCAAUGGAAUAUCCGACUACCUUAACGCCGCAGGAGUGCCCUGCUUUGGACCCAGUGCUAAGGCUGCACAGAUAGAAGCCAGUAAAGAUUUUGCAAAGAGGUUCAUGAAGAGGCACAAUAUUCCAACAGCCCAAUUCCAGUCCUUCACCGACCUUCAGUCAGCUACUGAUUACAUUAACAGUUCAUCAGGUGAGUCUCUUGUCAUCAAGGCCAGUGGACUAGCUGCAGGUAAAGGUGUAGUUGUGGCGGAAACCAAAGUGGAGGCCUGUCAAGCUGUCAGACAAAUUUUACAGGACAGAGUGCAUGGGUCAGCUGGAGAGACGGUUGUGAUAGAGGAGCGGCUGGAGGGAGAGGAAGUCUCUUGUUUUGCUUUCACCGAUGGCAUGACAGUUCUCUGUUGUCCUCCUUCCCAAGACCACAAACGCCUCCUGGACGGAGAUCGUGGACCAAACACCGGGGGAAUGGGGGCCUUCGCACCUUACCCUAAGAUGACAGAAAUGGACUUUGAAGUGGUGAAAAGAAACAUCUUGCAAAAGGCAGUGGAUGGAUUAAGGGCAGAAGGGAUGAUUUAUAAAGGCCUUCUCUAUGCUGGGAUAAUGCUCACGGAAGAAGGACCCAAAACACUGGAGUUCAAUUGUCGGUUUGGGGAUCCAGAAACUCAGGUUAUUCUGCCUUUGCUGCUGAGUGACCUGUAUGAACUGUGUAUGUCGUGUGUCGAUGGAACGCUGGCCACCAGAACAUUGGAGUACGACAAGGAUAAGAAAGCACUGGGUGUUGUUGUUGUAAGUGGAGGAUACCCUGGGUCAUACAAGAAGGGCCUUCCCAUAUCAGGGUUAGAAGAAGUCAUAGGGCAGGGGACGGUGGUAUUCCACGCGGGCACCAGCAGUAAGGAUGGCACAGUUGUGACAUCUGGUGGUAGAGUUCUCCUUGUGCUUGGAAUCGCUGCCGACUUCAGCUGCGCCGCUGAGAGGGUUCUCGCUGCUGCCAAGCUUGUGAAGUUUGAGGAUGCUUUCUACCGCAAGGAUAUUGGCCACAGUGUGUUACCAAGACCACAGCCAAUCCCAGUGAUCCCCUCAGACGGACUAACUUACCAUGAUUCUGGAGUUGACAUAGGAGCUGGUAAUGAAUUGGUGGAGAGGAUCAAACCCCUAGCAAAGUCGACCAAUCGCAGUGGCAGCGAGGGGGGCUUGGGAAUGUUUGGGGGCAUGUUUGACAUCAGGGCAGCAGGGUAUACUGAUCCUAUUCUCGUCUCAGGAACAGACGGCGUAGGAACAAAAUUAAAGAUUGCUCAGUCUGUUGGUUGCCACGGCACCAUUGGUGUAGACCUGGUUGCUAUGUGUGUCAAUGACAUCCUGGCUCAUGGUGCUGAACCCCUGUUCUUCCUCGAUUACUUUGCUUGUGGUAAGCUAGAUGUGGACCAGACUACAGAAGUGAUUGAGGGGGUGACAGAGGGCUGUAAACAGGCUGGCUGUGCUUUGUUAGGUGGUGAAACUGCGGAAAUGCCGGGGAUGUAUCAGUGUGGUGAUUAUGACCUGGCUGGAUUUGCUGUGGGCGCUGUGGAAAGGGACCAAAUACUGCCACGUUUAUCUGAGAUUAUUCCAGGGGAUGUCUUGAUUGGAUUACCCUCAACUGGUAUCCAUAGCAACGGCUUUAGCUUAGUCCGGCGGUUGGUCAACAAUCUUGGGCUACGCUUUGAUAGCCCCUCCCCACUGAAGACUGGGAAGACAUUAGGAGUGGACUUGCUGGUGCCAACAAAGAUCUACGUCAAGUCUGUACUACCAGUGCUGAGGGGUGGGGAUGUCAAGGCCUUCGCCCACAUCACAGGUGGCGGUUUAACAGAGAAUGUGCCCCGGGUUCUGCCAUUGGGUAUGGGGGUGGAGCUAGACGCAGCCACCUGGCCAGUGCCUCAGGUGUUUGGCUGGAUUGCUCACAAGGGUAGACUGAGUGAAGAAGAGCUAAUGAGAACAUUUAACUGUGGACUGGGUGGUGUCCUGAUCUGUGAGAAAGGCAAGGCUGAUGAUGUCAUGGAGCAGAUUUCUGUAUUAGGAGAACAGAGUUACAGGAUUGGGGAAGUUGUCAUAUGUCCAGGAGAGACAAAAGUGAGAAUUCAACACCUGAAGGAAGCUUUGGAGGGAGCAUGGCCUAGCGAACAACCAGUCAGGAAGAAACGUGUAGGGGUACUGAUCUCUGGGUCAGGUACAAACUUACAGGCAUUGAUAGACCACGUCAAAUCCGCUGGGAGUGAGGCAGCGGCUGAGAUUGCCCUUGUCAUCUCCAACAAGGCUGGAGUGGCUGGCCUGGAUAGGGCAGAGAGAGCAGGCAUUCCCACACAGGUGAUCAGUCAUAAGUCCUAUGAGUCGCGCGAAGCCUUUGACAGAGCGGUAGACAAAACAUUGCGGGAUGCAGACGUUGAAAUUGUGUGUUUGGCAGGGUUUAUGCGAAUUUUGUCAGGUGAAUUUGUGGGGAAGUGGCGUGGACGGAUGUUGAAUAUUCACCCUUCUCUCCUACCCUCCUUCAAAGGGGGUCAUGCACACAGAGACGUUCUGGCCGCAGGUGUCCGCAUUUCAGGAUGUACUGUUCAUUUUGUGGCUGAGGAGGUGGACGCCGGCGCUAUUGUGGCUCAAGACUCAGUACCGGUGUACCCGACUGACACAGAGGAGAGCUUAGCCGAAAGGGUGAAGACUAUAGAACAUGUCGUGUACCCUCGAGCCCUCGAUCUAGUGGUCAGGGAACAGGCUGUUUUGGGACCUGACAAUAAGAUUAUCUGGAAAAGUUGAAACUUUUCAUUUUUUCAUGGAUCAUCUAUCAUUGGAACUGGAAUACUCCUCAGUCGGUUGACAGAAGCUGAAUGUGUUCAUGAUGGAAGUGUUUUUACCCUACUGAAGUCACUGAGGAAUAGAACCAGAAUAUAUUCUCAAUCGACCAACCAUGUUUUUUGUCUCAUCCAGCCACCAAUUAGAAUUUCUGUUGUAUCUUACUUUGGGCAUGCGGAGAAACACCCAGAUGAAAAAGUAUUGUCAGUAUGGCGGUCCAAAAGUGACUCUUCGUCUGUGUGUGUGUGUAUUUCUGCACAAGUCUUGCUGUAGAAUGUAAUGCGAGGGUGAUACACGUAUUCGCUGUUCUUCAAGGCCUCCAGGGCUAACACGCUGACAUAUUGGUACCUUAUAUGCUCACGCAAUGGUACAUAUAUCUUCUUUGCUUGAAUUAAAUGCUGUGUUC